UUGAUCAACCAGUCUAUUGCAUUCAGAGCUUACUGAAACGGGAUCUCACUCUGCACCUGCCAAAGAUCUCUCUCUUUUUUCACCUCAAUUCCUUCUUUUUCUUUCUUACAUCCCAGGUAUUUUAAGUUCACAAAAAAUCCCAGUUUCUAUGGACUAAGGAGGUAAAUGAAUGCCAAACAAAAACAGCUCAUACACAGAUCUUUCUUUUUACUGUGUUUUUUUUUUUUUUUUUUUUUUUGCAAUAUCUCAAUGUGUAUUUUUCACUAGGUUGUACAGCCUUCUUGCAUGCAACAAAAGCAUAAAAUAGCCCUGAUUCCUGAAAGCAGAAUCUGCUGGUGGAUAAAGAAUUCUGGAACUAGUAUACAAAUGACUUCAAAUCAAUGUUUUUAAGGACCAUACUGAAGAUAAUAGAUUUAUCAACUCAUUGAAGAAAAAAUGGCUAAAGAAUUCUGGAUUUGGCUUACCUGAGAAAUCUUUGCAACUCAUAUUCACUAGGGUUUACAUUCCUGUUAUUUAUUAACAUUUUUCAGUAGCAUUUCCAAACUGAUUUUUUUGUUGUUGUUUUUUUUUAUUUGCAGACUUAAUUAAACAGAUGGAGACCUAUUUAUUAGUACAUUAAUAUCUAAAUUUUAAUAUGUAUGUCAGCUUUUUCUGUGAAAGAGCACUUUAAGAUAAAUAUUGCUAAAGGGGGAUUUUAAUAGAAUUCUAGCAAAGAUGAAAAUGAUUUUAGUUCGCAGGUUUAGAGUUUUGAUAUUGAUGGUGUUUUUGGUUGCUUGUACAAUGCAUAUCAUGAUAGAUUUGUUGCCAAAGCUUGAAAAAAGAACUACCAGGGGUGAUAAGGAUACAGGAUGUUCAUGUUCACAUAACCCCAAUGAAGAGUCCCAAGGUUGGGCUAAACAGAGACUUAAAAAUACAGCAGAAACAGCGUGGCCCAAUAAACACACUCUUAGGAUCUUACAAGAUUUCAGCAGUGACCCUAAUUCAAAUCUCUCAUCACAUUCAUUAGAGAAAAUCACUGGCAUAAUGGACAAGAAUGAGGCUUUUAAAAAACUACAACAGCAUGGAACUCUUAAAGAUCUGAAUAAUAAGGAGCUUAUACAAGAUGGAAGUAUGAACAAGCAAGAUCCAGUAAUAGGAUAUUCUAGGCUAUCUGCUCUAUUCCAACAUCCUCUGUACAAAAUCAGUAUCCCUGAACUAACUGAGGAUGAUGUCUUAUUCAAUGUUAAUAGUGAUAUCAGGUUUAACCCCAAAGCUGCUGAAGCUCAGGACUGGCAAAAUGUACCUAUAGAAGGUAACGAAGAUGAAGCGUUCCUGCCUACUGGAGAAGCACACGUAGAUUCCUACCCAAACUGGUUAAAAUUCCAUAUUGGCAUUAAUCGGUAUGAGUUAUAUUCAAGACAUAAUCCUGUAAUAGGAGCGCUGUUACAAGACCUCGGAGGGCAGAAAAUUACUAGUGUGUCUAUGAAGUCCGGAGGUACGCAACUGAAACUCAUCUUGACAUUCCAAAAUUAUGGGCAGGCUUUAUUUAAACCGAUGAAACAAACAAGGGAACAAGAGACACCUCCAGAUUUUUUUUACUUUUCAGACUAUGAGAGGCAUAAUGCUGAAAUUGCUGCUUUUCAUUUGGACAGAGUCCUCGAUUUCCGCCGUGUUCCACCCGUUGCAGGAAGAUUGGUGAACAUGACAAAAGAAAUAAGAGACGUGACACGAGACAAGAAACUAUGGAGAACGUUCUUCAUAUCACCAGCAAACAAUAUCUGUUUCUACGGAGAAUGUUCUUACUACUGUUCAACUGAACAUGCGCUAUGUGGAAAGCCUGACCAGAUAGAAGGUUCCUUGGCAGCGUUUCUUCCCGACUUGUCCUUGGCUAAAAGAAAAACGUGGCGAAAUCCAUGGAGACGGUCUUAUCACAAACGCAAAAAAGCAGAGUGGGAAGUUGACGCUGAUUACUGUGAAGAGGUGAAGCAAACCCCUCCAUAUGACAGCGGGUCAAGGUUGUUAGAUGUCAUCGAUAUGACCAUUUUUGACUUUUUAAUGGGAAAUAUGGAUCGGCACCAUUAUGAGACCUUUGAGAAGUUUGGAAACGAGACUUUUAUUAUUCACUUGGAUAAUGGAAGAGGGUUUGGAAAAUAUUCACAUGAUGAGCUUUCUAUAUUGGUACCAUUGAAUCAGUGCUGCAGAGUUAAGAAAACAACAUACCUAAAGCUACAAUUACUAGCAAAAGAAGAAUACAAAUUGAGUAAUCUGAUGGAAGAAUCAUUACUUAUGGAUAAAGUGGCUCCUAUUCUCUAUCAACCACAUUUAGAAGCGUUGGAUAGAAGACUACGGAUUGUUCUCAAAGCUAUAAGUGACUGCAUAGAAAAAUAUACUUUUAAUAAUGUAGUUGAAGAUGACUUGGACACUGAUCUGAAAAAUAAAACAACCAAGAGGUAGUAACGUUAAAACAACGUUGCUAACUCCAACGAAGAAGACUUUAGUCUUUCAAAAGACUGCAUAAAAAUAAAGAAUGAAUUCAGUGAAUUCAGAUUUAAGAUGUAACUAUCCCCACUGUAGACAAGUUCUAGAAUCUAAAGAGGAUUAGAAAAUAAUGAAGAAUAUUUGUAUCAUAAUUAGAUUAUAUAUGGAUGUGCAUUUACUGACAAUGUCAAAGACAUUAAAGGGACAUUAAACACUAAAUAAAGGCUAGAUAGAAUGAUGCAGUCAAAGAAAAUAUUAGUCUGAGAAUAACAUGAAGAUGUAUUUUUUAAAGUUUCUUUAGCUGUUUAAAUAUUGACAAAAUAAUUGUCUGUAAAACAAUGGGAGCUGCCAUGUUGUAACUUAGGUUACCAACUCUGCUGUGGCCAAUUAGGGACAGUUAUAAACAGGUCACUAGAGUGUGCAGCCAAUGGCUGUAUGGAAUAUAACAGUGUUCUGCACUUCAAUUUCUAUCAGGAACUGAAAAGCUCACAAUUCAGAAUGUAAUUACAGGAAAAAGAACAAAAUAAAUAAUGAAAGUGUGUUGCAGACAUUUAUACAUACAUACAUACAUAUAUAUAUAUAUAUAUAUAUAUAUAUAUAUAUACAAUUUAUCAUUUUAUAUUACCAUAUCAAAGUGUUUAAUGUCCCUUUAAAUUGGUAGUUUAAGUUGUAAGCACACCCUUUCCUUUUUUGUACAGAUGGGAGCCCUUUAUUUAAAAUAAAAAUUGUAUUUAUAUAUGUUAUAUAUAUAUUAAAAAAUGACAACCUACCUACCAUUUUUUUUUGGAAAAAAAGGGACAGAAUGGAUUUGCCUACCAAUCAUGCUAACUCUAACAUGUUAAAUUAAGAUAAUUUUGCACCUUUGCUAUACCAUAUUAAAUCAAGAUGAUUUUGAACACAUAUUUAAAAUGAUAUAGUUACGACUUGAUUGUGGCUUUUGGAGUUACUUCUCCAUUACCAAAAAAUUGCAAGUGUUUAAAUUAAAUUCUUGGUAAAUGUUCAAUGAAAGUUUUAUUUGAAUGUGGGAUCAGAAUAAUGUAUUUGAUAUUAGAAAAUAUGCUAUUUAUCUUUAAAACAAAGCAGUAGUUCCUAUGCUUUGGGUCUCCUUGCCUUCCCAAGUUUGCUUUUCCAAUAUUCGUGUAAAUACUGUACAUACCUAUGUAGGUUACAGCUGUUUUCUGCAGCUGCAAGCUUAAUUUUGCAGCAUUUUUGUGUUUGUUUGCAGAGUGGUAAAAGUGCAAUAAAGAUACAGCAAAUGUGUAUCCAAAAA